CCGGGGUGCCGUCAACGAGUUGUGACCUCAACUUCAAAUUGCGAUUCGCGCUGGCGCAAGAUGAUGCUUUCGCGACAGUUGGGACGGCGCGUGAUGCCGCGACACAUGAUGGUGCUCCGUAGUUUCUCUGCAGGGGGCAACAAUGCAUGGGUGAACCCUGAGAAUGUACCCAAGGGUGAGCACCUGAAGAAGUACGGCCGCGACUUGACCUUGGCCGCGCAAGACGGCAAGUUGGAUCCAGUGAUUGGUCGCGAAGACGAAAUCCGUCGCGCGGUGCAGGUGCUAUCUCGCAGGACGAAGAACAAUCCGGUGCUGAUUGGCGACCCUGGUGUCGGCAAGACAGCGAUCGCUGAAGGGCUUGCCCAACGCAUUGCAUCUGGCGAAGUGCCGGAGAGCAUGAAGAAGAAACACGUUGUCGCCCUCGACUUGGCGGCACUCGUUGCCGGUGCCAAGUUUCGCGGCGAAUUUGAAGAGCGCUUGAAAGGGGUUUUGAAAGAUGUCGAGGGGAGCGACGGCGAAGUUAUCUUGUUUAUCGACGAGCUGCAUAUGCUCAUGGGAGCUGGUGGUGGCGACGGCAGCAUGGACGCUGCUAACAUGCUCAAGCCAGCAUUGGCACGAGGGUCCUUGCAUUGCAUGGGCGCGACAACGCUGGACGAAUACCGAAAAUACAUUGAGAAAGACGCUGCGCUGGCACGGCGGUUCCAGUCCGUCUUGGUGACUGAGCCAUCCGUUGAAGCAACGAUUACAAUUUUGCGAGGAUUAAAGGAAAAGUACGAAGUGCAUCAUGGCGUGCGCAUUGCUGAUAGUGCCCUCGUCCAAGCCGCGACCCUGGCCCACCGCUACAUUUCAGAUCGCAAAAUGCCGGACAAGGCCAUCGACCUCGUCGACGAAGCAGCGUCGCGUCUGCGCCUGGAGCAGGAGAGCAAGCCCGAGCCGAUUGAGCAACUAGAACGCAAGAUCAUCAUGCGCAAGAUUGAGCAGGAAGCCCUAAGAAAGGAAACGGACGCGGCGUCCGCGAAACAGCGUCAAAUCGUGCAACAGGACCUUGCAGCGAUGGAGACAGAGCUCAAGGCGCUGAUGGACGAGUGGAAUGAAGAAAAGAACCGAUUGCAGGGACUCAAAACGUCGAAGAAGCGGCUAGAAGAAGCCAGACGUGAGUUGGAAGCCGCCCAGCGUCAUGGAAAUUAUGCCCGCGCAGGGGAGCUUAUGCACAGCGUGAUUCCUCAAUUGGAACGCGAAGUCGAACACGACGAUAGCCAGGACGAAUCCGAUACUGUGGAACCCAAGGGGUCAAAGCUGCUACUUGGUGAUGCGGUCACGUCGGACCACAUUGCAGCGGUCGUGGCGCGUGCCACAGGCAUACCGGUCUCGAAUCUCCUCUCUGGUGAAAAGAAGCGGCUGCUCUCGAUGGAAUCCCUCCUCGAGACACGUGUGGUGGGUCAGAUGCCCGCUGUGAAGGCUGUCAGCGACUGCAUUCGCAUGGCCCGUGCCGGGCUUCACGCGCACAACCGUCCGUUGGGAGUGUUUUUGUUCUUGGGGCCAACAGGCGUGGGGAAGACUGAGUUGACUAAGGCACUGGGCGAGUUUUUAUUUCAGGACGCGUCGGCCAUGACGCGCAUUGACAUGUCGGAGUACAUGGAAAAGCACACGGUGUCGCGGCUGAUUGGCGCGCCACCGGGGUAUAUUGGGUACGAGGAAGGCGGCACGCUGACGGAGGCGAUUCGCCGUCGACCGUACCAAGUGGUGCUGUUUGACGAGUUUGAAAAGGCCCACCGCGAUGUGUCCAACUUGCUGCUGCAAGUGUUUGACGAAGGACGGUUGACCGACUCGCAAGGCCGUCUCAUUGACUUUCGCAACACGGUGAUCAUUUGCACGAGCAAUUUGGGGUCGGAAGUGCUCGCGACGUUGCCCGAGGGUGUACCGAGUAUUGACGCCGAAGACGACGUGAUGGAGAUUGUCCGUCGACAUUACGCCCCCGAGUUUCUCAACCGCAUCGACGAGAUGGUGCUGUUUAACCGGUUGGGCCGCGAACAAAUCCGAGCGAUUGUCGACUUGCAGUUGCACGAUAUCCAGGCUCUGUUGGACGAACGUGACCUUGGUACGAACCAUGGCUGUUUCCAUCGUGAUGCAUGUUGAUCCUGUCCUUUGUAGCACUCGACGUGACGGAUGCCGCCAAGGAAUGGCUCGCCGACGUUGGAUACAGUCCAAUGUACGGCGCACGCCCUCUGAAGCGACUCAUCCACAAGCAGCUGCUCACGCCGCUUUCCAAGCAGAUCCUCGUGGGAACUUACAAAGCCGGAGACAAGAUUCACGUCGACCAGCCCAACUCUGCCGCCGACACGCUCGUGUUUUCCUGAGGCGGUGCUAGUUUAUCUUUUUAAAUGACGAGAUUCUUGCCUCGGCGCACUAUGAUUGGCUAAAAUGAACUGAAUCACAUUGCAUACAGUGCGAUUCCUGCGCUGUCAUUGGCUAUAUUUCCGAUUGUAUCUACAGCU